ACUGUCCAGUCUCUUGAGUCUUGUCCUGUGUCAAGCGACUCAGAAAUCGACUUUUCACCAAUGGCAAAGUUCUGCGAGUCUUCAAGUUCUGCUUUGGCUCCUUGCAUCUUUUGAAGUUUGAAGCUCGUCAGACUUGAGCCGCGCUGCCAGUGCCAGAGCGGAAGCUCGAAGGAGGUACUUGAGCAGCAGUGGUGUUCUAAAGGAGAGAUUGGUAUGGCUGUUGAGGGUGAUGCGAAAAAUGAAGCAGGUGCAGAGUCUGAGAGGCCUGCCAAACGUGCCCGCUUCAAUUGGAUUGGUUCAGAGAGUCACGGGCUGGACAAACCGCAGGUGGAGCGGUACAGCAGGCAGCUCCUGGUGCCAGCAUUUGGAGUGGCAGGGCAGGGCACGCUGUGCUGUGCGUCCAUCCUAGUUGUAGGCGCAGGUGGCUUGGGCUCCCCUGUCCUGCUGUACCUGGCGGCAGCGGGGGUGGGCACGCUGGGCAUUGCGGAUGAUGACGUGGUGGAGCAGAGCAACCUGCACAGACAGGUCAUUCACACAGAGGCAGCCGCAGAGGCGGGCAACCCAAAGACGACCUCUGCAAAGGAGGCAUGCCAAAGAAUCAACUCGUCGAUUAAGGUUGUUGAGCAUAGAACGAGGUUCACGGCAGCCAAUGCCCUCGACCUGGUGCGCCCUUACGACGUGAUUGUGGACGCAUCUGACAAUGUUGCCACGCGCUACGUUGUGAAUGAUGCCUGUGUCGUAGCUGGCAAGCCCCUGGUGUCCGGCGCUGCGCUGGGCAUGGAGGGCCAGCUGGCAGUGUACCACGACCGGCCGGGCGCCCCCUGCUACCGCUGCAUGUUCCCGGUUCCCCCAGUGGGCGCGCGCCGCUGCGCAGAUGCUGGAGUGCUGGGCGUCGUGCCGGGCAUCAUCGGCAGCUUGCAGGCUCUGGAGGCCAUCAAGGUGGCCACCGGGAUCGGCGAGCCGCUGAGCGCGCGCAUGCUCAUCUUCGACGCCCUCACCACCAGGCUGCAGACGGUCAAGUUGCGUGGGCGUUCCGCCACGUGCGCCGCCUGUGGUGACCAGCCCACCAUCACCGCUGAGACGCUGCCCAGCUUCGACUACGCACACUUUGUUUCAGCAGAUACGGAUCCCUCCCCGUUGCCCGUGCUGUCAGCUGCGGAGAGCGUGUCGUGCGCCGCGUACAAGGCGCGCGUUGUGGACGCGGGGCGGCCGCACGUGGUGGUGGACGUGCGGGAGGCGCACCAGUUCGCCAUCGCGGCGCUGCCGGGGGCGAUCAGCAUCCCGCUCAAACACCUCGUGAAUCGCAUUGCCGACGUGCAGGCUGCCGUGGCAGAAGCCGCGGCCAGGUGCCCGGCGGAGAGCGCGGCGCCCGACGUGUACGUGGUGUGCAGACGGGGAAACGACUCGAAGAUCGGCACACGGCUGCUGCGGCAGAAGGGCAUUGGCAAUGCGUUCAACCUCACGGGUGGCGUGGUGGCAUGGGCGGACGAGAUCGAUCCGAGUUUUCCAACCUACUGAGAACACGUGUGCAGAAAUUUUCGGCAGAUGGGUUUGAUGAGACUUCUGUUUGGCAACGAUCUUCUGUGGUCGGACUGAACAGCCGCCGGGCGCUCAUUCGGGGGACCUUCUCGCAUCAUUGGAUAAAAAAGCUCAUGCCUCGCAAAAAUAUUGCGACAGGCCUCAUAAGAACUUAUGUGAUUAUGCUCGACGGACCUGUACCAAGACUGGUGACCCACACUCAAGCACCAGGUGACGGUGCCGCAAGGACCAUCGCGUGUUAUGUAGUGACGUUGCAUAUCAAAGGCCGGUUGAUUGCUGUGUACUCAUCCGGACAUCAUUUGCAACGCCUUGUCAAUGAGAUUUAGACCAA